AUGGGUAAAACGGCACACGUGUCGAUGUUGAGCUGCGCUCCACUUGCGGCACAACACUCCCUGCAGAUGGCAAUCACACGGUGCACGGACGAUUCGUUCGGAACGACGACAGUUACGUCGUCCGCGUACGCGAAGCACUACGCACACCCCGACGAUAUCAAGGAAUGGAGCGAGGACAUGAAACUCUGGCCGAGCAUCACGUCCGCAGAUAUCAUUUGCUACCUCCUGCAGUCGAAAGCGUGUGAUCUGCAAGAAGCCAAGGCGUACAAGAGCCUGGAAUCUUAUAACUACCUGCAGUGCGGCUGGGUCGACAAAUUGAUGGCACACAGAAUCAACAAUGAUACCGUGUACGUGAAAGGCAAAGUGAGGCCGUUCCAGUCAGUCAGCAACAAACCGCACUGUUCCUGGGCCUGUGCAAAAUACAGCGGCAUGGUUGUGACUGCUGGGUGCACAUGCAUGGCUGGCCAAGCCAAGGUGUGCAGCCACAUCGGUGCAAUUCUGUGGAAGGUUGACCUCGCUGUGUCGAAAGGCCUGACAGGUAUUUCGUGUACAGACACCACCAUAGAAUGGAACCGAGGCACAAAGCGGAAUGUCGAGCCAGCCGUAUUACAAGACAUUACAUUCAGGCUACAAAAGCGGACGGUUGACAGUGAUGUGCCAAAAGACAAACGUCAG